UUGUAUCGAAAAUAUCGAGGUGUUACCCGAUAACUUCCUUUCUAAGCGUGUCUACUAAAAUGCAGAAGAAACAAAAAGAACCAAUUCAGUCCGUUCAGGUCUUCGGACGCAAAAAAAGCGCAACUGCGGUCGCUUAUUGCAAACGAGGCCGCGGCAAUCUUCGAGUAAAUGGGCGUCCGCUAGAAUUGGUUGAACCUCGAGUAUUACAGUACAAAUUACAAGAACCCAUUUUGUUGCUUGGCAAAGAAAAGUUCUCUGGAGUCGAUAUUAGAGUAAGAGUGAAUGGUGGUGGUCAUGUAGCACAAAUUUAUGCUAUCCGUCAGGCUAUUUCUAAGGCUCUUGUGGCAUAUUAUCAGAAAUAUGUUGAUGAAGCUAGUAAAAAGGAAGUAAAAGACAUUCUUAUCCAAUAUGACCGUACGCUUCUAGUUGCUGAUCCAAGGAGGUGUGAACCAAAGAAAUUUGGUGGUCCAGGUGCCAGAGCACGAUACCAGAAAUCUUAUCGUUAACAUCUGCGAAUUUCACAUUAUAUUUUAUUCAUGUUAAUUGAAUAAUUGAAUAAAAAAUGUAAAAACAA